AUGGCCUUGCUCUUGGUCUCCUUGCUGGCAUUCCUGAGCUUGGGCUCAGGAUGUCAUCAUCGGAUCUGUCACUGCUCUAAUGGGGUUUUCCUCUGCCAAGGGAGCCAGGUGACAGAGAUUCCCUCCGACCUUCCCAGGAAUGCAGUUGAACUGCGGCUUGUCCUCACCAACCUUCAAGUCAUCCCAAAAGGAGCAUUGCCGGGAUUUGGGGACCUGGAGAAAAUAGAGAUCUCGCAUAAUGAUGUCUUGGAAGUGAUAGAGGCGAAUGUGUUCUCCAACCUGCCCAAAUUACAUGAAAUUAGAAUUGAGAAGGCCAAAAAUCUGCUGUACAUCGACCCUGAUGCCUUCCAAAACCUUCCAAACCUCCGAUAUUUGUUAAUAUCCAACACAGGUAUUAAGCACUUGCCAACUUUUCACAAGAUUCAAUCUCUUCAAAAAGUUCUACUAGACAUUCAAGACAAUAUAAACAUCCACACAGUUGAAAGAAAUUCUUUUGUGGGACUGAGUUUGGAAGGCAUAAUUCUAUGGCUGAGUAAGAAUGGGAUUGAAGAAAUACACAACUGUGCAUUCAAUGGAACCCAACUAGAUGAGCUGAAUCUAAGUGAUAACAACAAUUUGAAAGAAUUGCCUAAUGAUGUUUUCCAAGGAGCCUCUGGACCAGUCACUCUAGACAUUUCAAGAACCAGUAUCCAUUCCCUGCCUAGCUGUGGCUUAGAAAAUCUUAGGAAGCUGCGGGCCAGGUCGGCUUACAACUUAAAAAAGCUUCCCAGUCUGGAAAAGUUUGCUGCACUCGUGGAGGCCAGCCUCACAUACCCCAGCCACUGCUGUGCCUUUGCUAACUGGAAACGUCAAAUCUCUGAGCUUCAUCCAAUUUGCAACAAAUCUAUUAUAAGGCGAGAAGUUGAUGAUACAACUCAGGCUAGGGGUCAGAGAGUCUCUUUGGCAGACGGCGAUGAAUCUAGUUACGCCAAAGGAUUUGACAUGAUGUACGACGAAUUUGACUAUGGCUUAUGCAAUGAAGUGGUUGACGUGACUUGUUCCCCUAAGCCAGAUGCCUUCAAUCCAUGUGAAGAUAUCAUGGGGCAUGAUAUUCUCAGAAUCUUGAUAUGGUUUAUUAGCACUCUAGCCAUCACUGGGAACAUCACAGUGCUGGUGAUUCUGAUUACCAGCCAAUACAAACUCACAGUCCCUCGGUUCCUUAUGUGCAACCUGGCCUUUGCUGAUCUCUGCACUGGAAUCUAUCUGCUGCUCAUAGCAUCUGUUGAUAUCCACACCAAAAGCCAGUACCACAACUAUGCCAUUGACUGGCAGACAGGGGCAGGCUGUGAUGCUGCUGGCUUUUUCACUGUCUUUGCCAGUGAGCUCUCAGUCUAUACUCUAACAGCCAUCACUCUGGAAAGGUGGCACACCAUCACCCAUGCCAUGCAGCUAGAAUGCAGGGUGCAGCUCCGCCAUGCUGGCAGUGUCAUGCUGGUAGGCUGGAUCUUCGCUUUUGCAGUUGCCCUCUUGCCCAUCUUUGGUAUUAGCAGCUACAUGAAGGUGAGCAUCUGCCUUCCCAUGGAUAUUGACAGCCCCUUGUCACAGCUGUAUGUCAUGUCCCUCCUUGUGCUUAAUGUCCUGGCCUUUGUGGUUAUCUGUGCCUGCUACACUCACAUCUUCCUCACAGUGAGGAAUCCCAACAUCGUGUCUUCCUCUAGUGAUACCAAAAUCGCCAAGCGCAUGGCUGUGCUCAUCUUCACGGACUUCCUCUGUAUGGCCCCCAUCUCCUUCUUUGCCAUCUCUGCCUCCCUCAAGGUGCCCCUUAUCAGUGUGUCCAAGUCAAAGAUCCUCCUGGUCAUGUUCUACCCCAUCAACUCCUGCGCAAACCCCUUCCUCUAUGCCAUCUUCACCAAGAACUUCCGCAGGGAUUUCUUCAUUCUGCUGAGCAAGUUUGGCUGCUGUGAAAUGCAAGCCCAGAUUUAUAGGACAGAAAUCUCGUCCAGUUUCCACAACUCCCAUCCAAGGAAUGGCCGCUGCCCUCCAGUUCCCAGGGGUACCAAUGGUUCCAAUUACACACUUGUCCCUCUAAGCCAUUUAGCCCAGAAAUAA